AUGGCCAAAAAAAGCAGUGGUGCCCCAUCUAGAGAGCAGCAGCAGGAGGAUUACCCACAAUCCUUUGUGGGCGACGCGUCCGAGCAGCUGCUGUACAACGAGGUGGAGGUGAAGUUGGAGGACGUGGAGGUGAAGCCGGAGGAGGACGAGGUGGAGGUGACGGUGGAGGAUGAAGACGAGGAUCAGGAUCCAGAUGUUGGCGCUCGUUGGAGCAGCGGAGCGGCACACGGCGAGCCGAGAGCCGGGGCUGAUGGGAAAACCAAGAGGGAGUAUCAGUGCGACGAGUGUCUGAAGAGCUUCGACCGGCCGUGUCGCCUGAGCGUCCACCGGAGGACUCACACGGGGGAGAAACCCUUCGAGUGCCCCGACUGCGACAAGCGCUUCAAGAGUAAAUCCAUCCUGUCGGCGCACCUGAAGACUCACGGCGCCGCGCGGCCGUUCUGCUGCGACGAGUGCGGGAAGUGUUUCCUGCAUCGGCGAGCGCUGGAGGAGCACCAGAGGACUCACACCGGAGAGAAACCCUUCGACUGUCCCCACUGCGGCCAGAGCUUCUCCGCCAAGGGCCACCUGAAGCGCCACGAGCUGACGCACAGCGGCGAGCGCCCGCACCUGUGCGUCGAGUGCGGCAAGUGCUACACGAGGAAGGAGCACCUGAGCAGCCACAUGCGCGUGCACAGCGGCGAGCGUCCUUUCAGCUGCGUGGACUGCGGACGCAGCUACAGAGAGCGAGGACGCCUGCAGCUGCACCUGAGGACGCACACGGGCGGCGGCAAGCGCCACACCUGCUCGCUGUGCGGCGCGGCGAUGGGCUCGGCCAGCCACCUGCACAGACACAUGCAGGUGCACAGCGGCGAGUGGACGCACCGCUGCCUGGACUGCGGUCGCGGCUUCAGCCGGAAGGACAAGAUGAUGGAGCACAUGAGGAUCCACACCGGGGAGAAACCGUACCAGUGUCCUCGCUGCCCGCUGAGAUUCAGGUGGCGGGCGGCGCUCAACGCUCACACGCAGAAACACGCCGAGGACGAGGUGCAGGAAAGCCCCGGAGACACUUGA